AUGUCGUCGCCUACGCCCCUUCCUGAUCGUCGCCGCAAGAUCAAUUUCUACAGCAAUGGUGUUUUAGACAGUAGCGCUAUUGAGACUGAAGAUGGAGCAACCUUUUUUGAGGCUGAUGGCACUGAGGUCGACCUCAACGAGAUUGAUGAGAUUCUAUCCAAGAGGGUGUCUAAGUGGAGACUUGCCAUCAAGUUCGCCAAGUUGAUCGCCAAGUACGGCAAGAAGGCGUGGAACUACAUCUACUGCGUCGGAACCAGCGCCAUGCGGAAGUGCGGUGAUGAGUACCUCGGAUGCUCCGCUUCUGGUAUCCCACCGUGGAAAUGCGUCGAGGGCAUCGUCUGUGUUGGCGCUGCUGCCAAGGGGUGCUAA